AUGUCGCAAAACGAUCCCACCGUCAUUGACGGUCUCAGCGACAUGGAGACAGACGACCACUGGAUCAGUCAUCGCGACUACUCAACUCAUACCAUGAGUGGUGGCUCUGAUUCCACGAAAUGGCACUUCCACACUGCAUCGGCAACCACGACAGACAGCCCGCCAGAAACCUCGACGCAGCGCACAAUUCUCUCGACUUCUGGCAAUCCUUCUUCGUCUCCCCUCAGACCAUUCAAGUCGCACCUGAUUUCCAGCAGUCCAAGGCUCACAACCGAGCCUCGUGAAACUCCGCGUCCACCCAAGAGUGCUAGUGAGCGGACGGGAAUUCAAGCCGACUCAAUGAUUGUUUUGAAGAGUAACUUGGCGGCUAAACAGAAACCCGACGGGAGCCAUACAACGGCAGAUAUUAUAUACCUUGAUGAUGAGGACAACUUGAGCGAUACGGAGAACUCAGGAGCAUCCUCCGCAUGGCACAAGAAGCUACAAGAAACCGCAGAAUCCAGCUGGUCCACGGUUGUUGGUGGUUCGACACAAUUCCGCACUCUGCACCAAACAAGCGACCACAACCAAGCGACCACAACCGCGAGACGACAAAAGUCGCAGAGAGCCUCAAAAGGCUGCAAGCUCCUUGUUGGUGCUGUAUCAAGCAGGGUGAUCAGUAGAAAGCAGAAACCCGAGCGAAGGUCGUCAAACCGGACAACUGCGACCCGAGGAGACGCUAAGAUCCAAGCUCUCGAAGCUCUCAAGAAGUGGGAACUCGUCGAUGCUGUCUUGAACACACCAGACGAGGGCGGACGAUUUGUGCUCACCUUCGGUCUUCCGAGCACGAGUCAUAUGACAUCAAGUCCGCAGAAUGAUAGAGUCAAGCCCGGUUCGCACUCUGCCAAGAAAUAUCCAGUCAGGAGACUGCUGGAGAAGUGGGGAAAUGCGUUUCUCAUUGAGUGGGAGAAUGACGAGAUAACCUGGGAACGCAAAAUGAAUGUUAACAAGCACCUCGUUGCAGCGUUCGAGAAACAGUACGAUGGUUAUGGUCCUGGAAUAGAGUCCAUCCGCGGCUCAAGAAAAAAAGGCGGAAGAAAACAGUUACGGCUCGCAUGGCGCCAGCGACCGUUAUCAGAAGCGUAUUGGAUUGAUAAGAGCACAGUCUUACCUCGAACUGCAUGGCCUGUCCACGCGUGGGAAUUCUUCUGUCUAGAGAGCUGCUUUGUUGAAUAG